GUCAAAAGUCUUUGCUAGAGAUCCAGACAAACAAACAAACAAACAAACAACAAUAUCCUUAAGCCUCCUCUCCCAGAUCACCCAGCCCCACCCCCACCUCCCACCUCCGCGCUUUCAGCCAACUUCCCAAGCUCGGAAAAGUGCGGCACAGGACACCGCUGCUGGGGUGGGUGGGGGGAACCUGCUGCCGGGAGAUGCGGCGGCCGCGGCGCAGCUGACUGCGACGCGGGAGCUCCGGGAGCGCCUCCGCGCAGAUAGCUCUGCUCCGGAGACAACAAGUAUGAAUACCGCAGACAAUGGUGUCAACUGUCUAUGUGCCAUAUGUGGGGACAGAGCGACAGGAAAACAUUAUGGAGCCUCAAGCUGUGAUGGGUGCAAGGGGUUCUUCAGACGCAGCAUACGCAAGAGUCACGUUUAUUCCUGCAGGUUCAGUCGGCAAUGUGUUGUUGACAAGGACAAAAGGAAUCAAUGUAGAUAUUGUCGAUUAAGAAAGUGUUUUAGAGCAGGAAUGAAAAAAGAAGCUGUGCAGAAUGAACGCGACAGAAUCAGCACCAGAAGAAGCACAUUUGACGGCAGCAACAUCCCCUCCAUUAACACAUUGGCACAAGCCGAAGUUCGGUCUCGCCAGAUCUCAGUCUCAAGCCCCGGUGCAAGCACAGACAUAAAUGUGAAGAAAAUUGCAAGUAUCAGUGAUGUCUGUGAAUCUAUGAAACAACAGCUCUUAGUCUUGGUGGAAUGGGCUAAAUAUAUUCCCGCCUUCUGUGAGCUACCUCUGGAUGACCAGGUGGCACUGCUGAGAGCUCACGCAGGGGAACAUUUACUGCUUGGAGCUACGAAGAGAUCCAUGGUGUAUAAAGAUAUUUUGCUUUUGGGGAACAACUAUGUAAUUCACCGCAACAGCAGUGAAGUCGAGAUCAGCCGUGUGGCCAACCGGGUUCUAGACGAGCUGGUACGACCAUUUCAAGAAAUCCAGAUUGAUGACAAUGAAUAUGCUUGUUUGAAGGCAAUCGUAUUUUUUGAUCCAGAUGCAAAAGGGCUGAGUGAUCCAGUAAAGAUUAAGAACAUGCGGUUCCAAGUGCAGCUCAGUUUGGAGGACUACAUCAAUGACAGGCAGUACGACUCCCGGGGGAGGUUUGGGGAGCUGCUUCUGCUGCUACCCACCCUGCAGAGCAUCACCUGGCAAAUGAUCGAGCAAAUACAGUUCGUUAAACUCUUUGGGAUGGUUAAAAUUGACAACCUACUUCAAGAAAUGUUACUGGGUGGUGCUUCCAAUGACGCUAGUCAUCUCCAUCAUCCCAUGCAUCCACAUUUGUCUCAAGAUCCAUUAACUGGACAAACUAUACUUUUAGGGCCCAUGUCAACACUGGUUCAUACGGACCAGAUCUCAACUCCUGAGACCCCGCUCCCUUCCCCACCACAAGGCUCUGGACAAGAACAGUACAAAAUAGCCACCAACCAAGCUUCUGUGAUUUCACACCAGCCUCUCUCCAAACAAAAGCAAUUGUGAGAAUGUGUUUACUCCUGAACGGCACUGCGUAAAUGUGAAAACUUGGUCUUGAAAUAACUCAGGAUAGUACUUUUGGCAAACUCUUAGCCAAGGCUUCUUCAUGGUGCUGUUAUAAGAUGGUAUCCUGUCUUUUUGUUUAUAGGCUCAUUUUGUUUGUUGUUGCUAUUGUUUAAAACUUCCCGAUGCAAGCAAUUUAUAUCUGAGUUUCCAUAUGUUUGUAUAGUGUAUUUUUCCACCUUCCCUUGCACUGUUCCUGAACUAGGUGAAUCUUGUGUACUACUUUCAUUUGUUGUCUUGAUAUUAAUUUAAAUCUGUAAAUAAUUGCUUCAUUGUGAUGUGAUGCAGAACUAAGUGUUCUCUUUUGAGCAGAACAGUAGAUCAGCAACUCCAGAUUAACGUAAAAUGAACCAAGGUGUUUUUUUUUUUUAUCAGUUUUAAACUUGCAAAUUAGAAAACUUAAGCAGUUGCUAUAGAACAGGAAAUAUUUCUUUGAAGAAAAAUCGCUUAUGGGUAUCUUAUGGCUAAGAAGCAUCCUUCUGGCCCACAGUUAAAUAUGCCUGUCUUUAGCUUAGGAAAUCAUGAGUAGCCAUUCCAAGGAUGACUGGCUAUUCCUUGUAAUCUGCCUCUAUUCGAAGACGUAUCUUUUUUUUUUUUUUUAAGAUUUUAUUUAUUUAUUUGACAGAGAUAGAGACAGGCAGCGAGAGAGGGAAUACAAGCAGAGGGAGUGGG